GCUAACAGAUGUCGAACCCUACCUGCCCUACUAUCUGCCCAGUAAGGUGCUGAUUCAGCAGCGCACUAAAAAGUGUCAAUUGUAAAACCAAACAAAAAUCAAGAGAAUUAAUUUCGCCGUCCCGCCUAAGCGAGUCUGGGCGUCACCUAAGGAGGGAAAAAAUAAGUUAGGUUAGUUUCUAGCCAAGGAAAGUUUUGUCCACCACCUCGCAAACAAGUGGAAAGCCCACAAGGCCCAACUCUCACACAACAAUUACCGGCGCCGCAACACACCAAUUCCAAACCUUACCCAACCUCACCAACGCUGAGGAUAUUGACGAGAUAUUUUGCUCAAGGAUAUGACCUGCUAGGCCAUAUCCUUUUCCCCUCGUUGCAUUAUCUCCUAUUGAUCCGACUGUCGUUUUCAGAGCUCCGCCUUGCUGAAAGGCGAAUCAAUUGGCGACAACAUGUCGGUCGCCUCGAAGAACCCUUUCGAUGCCCUCGGCAACGAUAUCGAAGGAGAUGAACCGCCGUCCGGCCCUGUGAAGACGGUCGACAAGACCACUAUGCGCAGUACCAAGCGCAACGUCGAGCCCCAAGCCCCCGUCAAAGCCGCUACCAACACCGGAGCUCGUCGUGCUGGUCCUGGAGGCAACGAGGGAGCCUUCCGUGACCGCAAUGCCGGUUCAGCUAACAACCACCGCAAGCCCACAGAUGAAGCUCCCCGAGGUGGUCCCCGGGGUGGUCGCGAUGCCCGUGCACGAGGAGGACGUGGAGGUCGAUUCCCCCGCGACCGUGACGACAGACAUGCCAAGGGUCUCGCAAGUGGUUCUGAGAAGCAAGCUGCCCAAUCAUGGGGCGCUACAGAAGGCGAUGCCGAGCAGAAAGACGAGCAGGCCGGAGAGGAAAUCGCUCAGUCGGAAUUGAAGGAAUCAACCGCUGAGGAUGCUCAGGAGCCAACUACUCCGGCCGAGCCCGAGGACAAGCAUGUCUCUUACGCCGACUACCUUGCUCAGCAAGCUGAGAAGAAACUCGCCCUCGGCGAGUCUUUAGAGAUCCGCAAGGCCAACGAAGGUACUAAGACCGACAAGAAGUGGGCCAGCGCUAAGGCCCUCAUCAAGGAGGAAGAUGACGACUACGUUUCCGGUGUCGCCGGUAAGGUCAAGCGCGAGCGUGAGCGCAAGGCCAAGCAGCUUCUCGAUAUUGACCAACGAUAUGUUGAGCCUGAGCGUACUCGAGGUGGUCGUGGCGGACGUGGCGGCAGCCGUGGAGGUGCUCCCAGGGGCGAGGGUCGCGGUCGCGGAGGUGGCCGUGGCCGUGGUGAACCCCGAGGUGAGCCCCGAGGUGAGCCCCGUGGCGACUUCCGUGGUGGACGCGGUGGCGCUCGCGAGAAUGCCUCAUUUGCCCUCAGCUCGGACGCCUUCCCCAGCUUGGGCGCUUAAGUUCGCAACAUGCUUCCUGAGACUUGCACUAGAAAGUACACUAUGUCUAUUAUGCAGGUUAGGUUUUCGAUGGUCUAUCAGGGGAUCCAGUAUAGCCUGUAGGGCUCAUAAGUCAGUUAACUUCUGGCUAGGAACAUCCUGAGAAGCAGAUGUUUUCUCACUAUUCCGAAUUAACAAAAGUUUCUUUCAUUUUCAAGCAUUGUGUGCGCGCCAAUUGACCUUGAUGGGUCAAAGUAUACCGCUCUUAACGGUUAUGAUUUUGAUGAACUGCCCUAGUAGUUGCGUAGGCUACUUUUCUCUUAUCAUUUUCCCACGAUAUUUACCCUGUCCAUUGAUCCUGACGCUUUAGUCGCCUGUCUACUGAACUAUGUCUUUCAACUGAACCCUGUACUCGCCAGUAACAAGAGAAUUGUGCCAAGCAAGACUUCCUAUAUUCUAGCUAAUGUUGAAAAUAAUGGUCUUUGUCUGCCGCGUUUAUUUCUAAGGGAGUUAUUAGCAUACAACCGCCAUGUUCUAUAACGUUGAUACUGUUCACGAACAUGUAUCGAGGAGAACGUGGUAUAUAAUAUCGGUCGGUUUCUGAUGCUUUGGUCUCAGAAAAAACUCAUCAUCAUCAUCAUCAUCAUCAUCACACACACAACUAUCAAGUUAUCAUCAUCGUAUUCUUAAGAACUCAUAC